AUGAUAUGGCGAUCUUCCUAUUUACGAUUUGGAUGGAAGUUCCCGAGCUCUGAUAUUUUUGGUAAACGUCUGUCUUUUUUUUUUUACUUUUGUCUUCUUGGCCAUUUUUUUCUUUCUAGUGAUCUUUUUCUAUCUAUCUCCUCUGUCUGUCUCAGUCUGUCCAUCUAUCUAUCUAUUCACAGUGUUUUAUCACAUCUAUUUGUUCGAAGUGAUCUUUCUUUUUCUUUUCUCUAUCUUCUCUAUCUAUCUAUCUGUCUGUCUCAGUCUGUCCUCAGUCUGUCCACAUCUAUCUAUCUAUUCACAGUGAUCAUCCAUUUAUCUCUCUAUAUCUAUUUUUUCCAAAGUGAUCUUAGUGAUCUUUCUUUUUUUUCUAUCUAUCUAAUCUCUAUCUAUCUAUCUAUCUAUCUAUCUAUCUAUUCAUAUCUAUCUGUUCAAAGUGAUUUCUCUUUCACUCUUUGUGUGUCUAUCUCAGUCUGUCCACAUCUAUCUAUCUAUUCACAUGAUCUCUCUCUCUUUCUCUUUUUCUCUCGAUCUGUCUAUCUCAAUCUAUCUAUCUAUCUAUCUAUCUAUCUAUCUAUCUAUCUAUCUAUCUAUCUAUCUAGUUAA